CAAGCUGAUGGUAUUCAAACAGGGUAGGCCCCACACCCUCCUACCAGGAGCAAAUCCCACACCAUUCCUGCGAGACCUGGGCAUUGUGCCCCCCAAUAACCUCAGCCUACCUACAGCCGGACUCCCAGCACUCCACACCCUACCACGAGAGUGGCACAUGGCAGCGGAAUAAAAUGAACUCGGACCGCUGCCCACAACGUUGGACCCACCCGCUGCCCUCAUCACCCCUCAGCCUAACACAUCAGAGACCAGCAGAACGCAACGAGCCCACUACAGCAAAGAAGCCCAAGAAGACUCCCCACAUCCGGACAACCUUUAAUGACUCACCACGGAGCAACACUGAGACCGACAGGCACCCGUCUACCACCCAUGUACAGCACUUGAACUUCUCCUCAGCGAACUGCCCCACAUCUACUCACCUGCAUCAACGGGGCCACUCCACCGCCCUGCAGGAGGCGUCACCCCGGGCAAAGGCACGGCAGAAGACCCUGCAUGGACUGACGGCAGGAUUAUCCACAGAUCGCCUUCAAUACGACCGCCAUCACCUCCGGCCAACCGAACUGUAAUGUAUUCCUAGCACACACAAAUGUGACUCAUUGGGCUAUGGUAGUAUACACCCCAUACGAACCUGUCACAGCUACUCUGACACGCAUGCAGUAGGGGAACACCAACAAGCACAC